GCAGGGAACAAUGUAUAUAAUACAUCGCAAAGUGCCUUGUGCAACAAUCACUAUCAUCAACAUUUGCAGGAUUCAUAACAGCCUUCUAGAAAAGUGCUAAGGAUGGGCAUCCUCUGUGAGAUUCUCUUGACUGUUGUUUCUAUAUCAGUGAGUCAAGCUUACACCUGGACAAGCACCUCUCCCACCAACGGGAGUCUUCACUACGCAUGCGUGGGCGACUCCGUGACACUCGCCUGGUCCAUCGUCACCACGAGUUCAGAGAGAGUCAAUGAUGUGGAAUGGCUUUUCGUCGACGAUAACGGAAAUACUGAGCUUCUGGCAACUUCUGUCAUGGGCGAGGUUCUUCUGUCCCCAUCUGCGCGACAGCGCCUGUCGUUCGUGUCCAACGCAGGGUUAAGGGUCAGCGACAUCGCACAAGAGGAGUUUGGACGAUACAUCGUUCGCGCCGUCAUCACCACUGGUUCAUCUUUUGUAGCUGAGGCGAGAUACGUGUAUCUGCGAAUGCCCGUUCCUCCGACAACCACAGACCGAAUGUUGCACGCGCAAGUGAAGCCAACGCCCUGCAGCAGUCGGGAGGCUGGCACGUGCAGCUGGCGUGCGGCGAGUUUUCCUCCUGGGGAUCUCUGUCUUUCUCUGUGCUGUGGAAGACACCUUCAGGUCGAAUACUAAGCAGCACUACCACGACGUACGGGGAGGCAACUUUGACGCUGGCCAACCCGCUAGAAGAGGGAAGCUACUCGUGUUUUCUGGACAUUCGUGACCCUAACGCCAAGUGUGCGUAUGUCAGCCCCACCA